AUGGGCUGGGCUGGGCUGGGCUGGGUUGUCUACGUUGCAUCAGGAUUGAGGCUUCUUGGCGGGCGCCCAAUAGCGACUCUUUCAUGUGUUGAGAAACGAUGCCGAUUUGUGUCUCUCAAAGUUAUUCAUGCGUUGACAGCGGAUGGAGAACAGAAACAAACUCUCUCCCCCAUCGGAUCCCGCGAUAUGCGUGAAACCCGCCCUAGCAUUCAAGACUCCAUCCAAAGAGCCGCCCUUCAUAUGCUGUUGGCCGCACAACAAGGGUUAAAUACUGCAUCACAUCUACUCCGUGCUGUAAUGUACAUGCCGCCCGGCGCGAACGCCAUGGUUUAA